AUGGUCUUCGUCGCCCACGGCUCCCCGGAGCUGGAUGAGAAGUCCCAGUACAAAAUGAUAAUCGCCGUGUGCGUCGUCAUGUCGGGACUGGCCUCCAUCAUUGUCGGCGCACGCCUCUUCAUUCGCAAGAAGAACAACCGCAUCGCCGCUGACGACUGGAUGUCCAUCCUCUCCCUCAUCUUCGCCAUUGCCUACUCGGUCCUCUGCAUCGUCCAGACCAAGUACGGCCUCGGUCUUUUGCCCGCCAUCCGCCCCAAGGAGAACCUGAUCCCUUACACGCGGGUUAACUACGCCGGCCGUCCCAUCUACCAGGUCGGCAUCAGCUUCUUCAAGAUUGCCCUACUCAUCAGCUACUUGCGCCUCUUGCAGGGCACCGACAACCGCAGGUAUCGCAUGGUCGUCUGGGGCGCCAUUGCCUUCGUCUUUCUCAACCACCUGGGUAGCGCCCUCGCCCUGAUCUUUAAUUGCAAUCCGAUCGACAAGUCGUGGAAUCCUUCGAAGAAAGGCACCUGUCUGCCUGCCGUUGCCUCAUUCACCGCUUACGCAGUGCUCACCAUCAUCUCGGACAUACUCGUCGCCGUUCUCCCCAUUCCAGUGCUCCUCAAGCUCAACAUCCGCCUCGAGAAGAAGCUGGGUCUCAUGGCCAUCUUCGCGCUCGGCCUCUUCACGACGCUCUGCUCCAUCCUACGCUACACGCAAAUCAACCGCAUCCAAUAUGGCGACCACGACUCGACCAUGCUCGUCGUCUGGGGCGUCAUUGAAUUCAACGUCGGCAACAUGGUGUCCUCGCUGCCCUUCCUCGCGCCCGUCUGUCUGCGAAAGGCUAGGGACUACCGCUCCAAGCACUCCAAGUACGCCUACGGCUCCAACGGCAACAGCAAAAACCGCGCGGCCGCUGGUGGCAUCAAGGGCAACGAAGCCUACAAGCUCAGCGACGUAUCCCAAGACCGGAGCGCCUUUGCCGGCUCGCAAACGCACACCUCGAGCAGCGAGGAGAAUAUUUUACAAAAGAACAACGCCAUCAUGAAAUCAGUGACGUACAGUGUUCGGGUCGAGGACGAUGAGGAGCACAUGAUUGGCCGUGCCCAUUCGACAAACCGCAUCUAA